UUUCUUAAUUAUUGACGCAUGUGCGAAUUUUUGACUUUCGCGUGGAAACUUUUUUAGAGUUGAGCUAAGAACGUAUCAGACUUACACGAAUUGCCUGUUAUUCGAGAAUUGGGACUAUUGUGAAUAAAAAAUUAAGACAACUGAAAGUUGGUACACCCGUUGGACGGCCUUGCAUAAACCUCGUUGAACGCCGAACCAAAUUAAAAUCGCCAAGAUGUCGGAUCGCAAAGCAGUUAUUAAGAAUGCGGACAUGAGUGAGGAGAUGCAGCAGGACGCUGUUGACUGCGCCACCCAAGCUUUGGAGAAGUACAACAUUGAGAAGGACAUUGCCGCAUACAUCAAGAAGGAGUUUGACAAGAAGUACAAUCCCACCUGGCAUUGCAUUGUGGGACGCAAUUUUGGCUCGUAUGUGACUCACGAGACGCGCCACUUCAUCUACUUCUACUUGGGCCAGGUGGCUAUACUGCUCUUCAAGAGCGGCUAACUCAAACUUGACUUAGCCCCAAACCUUACACGUAUCCUACACUCUCACAUAUGUAUCCCUACUUGGUAGCAGUUGCAGCUUCUCCCGUUUGUUGUUGUAGCUCAUUCCCCAACACACAUUCACGUAUAUGAACUUUGAACUCUGAUUUGAAAUGGCACCAACGCUCAGUGUUCUACAAAGUUUUGAGUUUUAUUAAAGCCGCUAUGU